AUGGUGGAUCAAAGCGAGCCCAGGCCUCUCACUUCGGCCUUCGAGAGUCCAACAUUCGGGGAGGAUAGCUCAUUCCAUGUGGAGCAGCCUGUUGGGUCUAUGUCGAUCUCGCCCUGUGGCCGGGAUGUGGUUCUAGCCUCCAAGGAAGGUCUUCACAUCAUCGAUCUGGAUUCGCCAUACUCGCCGCCAAGGUAUCUACCGCACCACACACCAUGGGAGGUUGCAGACGUUCAAUGGUCUCCGUUUGCUGCCCGAGACUAUUGGGUCGUUAGCACGUCGAAUCAGAAGGCGUUGGUAUGGAACCUGGGCAUGAAAUCCUCGCCAAGCUCGAUUGAGCACGUUCUGCACGCCCACACUCGAGCUAUAACAGACAUCAACUUCUCCGCGCAUCAUGCAGAUAUGCUCGCGACCUGUGCCGUUGAUAGCUUUGUCCACUGCUGGGAUCUGCGGACACCCUCCCGUCCCGCCAUCUCGUUCUCUGACUGGCUUGCUGGAGCAACUCAGGUUAAAUGGAACCGACAGGACCCCAACGUUAUUGCCAGUUCUCACGACAAAUUCUUGCGAAUAUGGGACAAGCGGAUGGGCGCGUAUCCGAUCAAGUCUAUUGAGGCACACAGCACGAAGAUCUAUGGGCUGGAUUGGAACAGAGUACGGCCCGGGGCCCUCGUAACGUGCUCUCUAGACAAGACGAUCAAAUUCUGGGACUACACGGUGGACACAGAGGUACCGGAGAAGGUGAUCAAGACGCCGUUUCCAGUAUGGCGAGCAAGAAAUACCCCUUUUGGAUGGGGUGUCUUGGCCAUGCCACAAAGAGGAAACAGUGAUCUCCACUUAUAUAGUCGGAGGGCCGGGGAGGGCUCUACUUCCAAUGAUGAACUUCCUCUGGUACACAGCUUUCUAGGACACAAAGGCCAGGUGAAAGAGUUUCUCUGGAGAGCACGCGGAGAAAUAGAGGAUGGUAUCGAUAAUAGAGAGUUUCAGCUGGUGUCUUGGGGCACGGAUCGUGAACUCCGCCUACACAGAGUCGAUCCAGAUAUCAUGCAAAGGGUUGGCUUUGAGAAAGGGAAGACUUACGUCUCCAAUAUGAGCCUUACGCGCAAGGGCGCACUGUAUAGGUCAUAUCGAGAUACGCCUAUUGACGAAGAGGAAGAAGAUAUGGACUCGUUGUCACCCACUACUCGACAGAGCUCUACGCCCCAGACAAUUGGAAUGCAGGGUCGGACAAACGUUCGCACGGAUACUAAUCCUAUUUCCUGGAUGCGUGGCGUGAAAAUAUCCGGUUGGGAUAUCGAGACAUUGGGCGACGAAAUUACCCACGUCGGAGAAAAGUUCACCAAGGUUGCUUUUGAAUCGGUCGAUGUCAGACAACGAAAGGCAACAAUAUCCCUUCAUGGACCAUGGGGUGACGAUGGUGACUCUAUUUUCAUGAAAGUCGAUAUCAAGUUCCCUGUUGAUUACCCUCGAGAUGCCAUGCCAACGUUCAGUGUGCAGAAGACUGCCGCUGUCACCGAUCAGCUUGCCGAUAAGUUAAUAGCUGAAGUUCGCACGAUUGCAGAGACGUUCCUUGCUCACAAAAGAGGAUGUCUCGAAGGUGUCGUUCGCUACCUCUUGGGCGAGAGCACCCUGGAAGAAAGCAUCGCUUGGAUUCUUGGGGAAACGGCAGACACUGUCAAGUCUCCCAUCAACGGCCAACUAGGGGGUGAGGAGUCCAGCGAUGAAGAUGAAGUCGGAUUGUCUCAAAGCCAAGAUCUAGGCAUGAGUUCUGAACUGCUUCGACCGGUCAAUGCCAAUGUCAUGGUCCCUGUAGCCAAGGGAUGCGGUGCACUGUGGGCCAACGACGGUCGCUUGGUGUGCUUCUUCCCCUUCAAGAAGGACAAGUCCAAUUGGCUAGAAAACCUAGGAUUCAAGGAAAUGACCAGGUUAUCUAGAGCGGACAAGGUCUUCGAAGGCUUUGGUCGUCUGCAGACCAAUUCUCCUGGACCUCGGACAUCUGUCACAAUGGCCAGCACUGACGAUGGGGCUUCUGAAUAUUCAGACGAUUCAGACGCCGAAUCGUCAAGCUCUUCCGGGUCUUCUGGUAUUCUGUCAGGGCUCCAGCACCGGUUUCCAACACCUCAGACAUGGCGAAGUGGUGGCAGUCUUGGACUUUAUCGUCCGCGCUCUACAGACAAUUCCCAAAGGUCGACCGUUGGUGCGAUGACAUCGAAAUCAUCUGAAGGCUCGCAAAAUGUCAUCUCCAUCCACGACUUCAGUGAUUUGCUACCAGCCAAGCGGGAACUGGCUAGCAAAUAUCGUAUUUGCGGCAAAGUCACGGACGUUUGUGCGCAUAAUUCAGCUGUAGCCCUCGACCACGGUUAUUACGAGCUGGCUCGAAUCUGGGGACUUGUCAGGCUUAUUUUGCACAACUGCAAAAGCUCAAUGUUUUCGUCCGGUUUUGACACCCUGGAUAGACCGUACAUACAAAGGAAGGAUAGCGCCGUGGAUCUGAGUAACGAUAUGGGAAGUCAGGACCAACGCCACAAAGGGUUUCUAAAUUCCGUCAUACAUUGGGGCGACCACCCAUUCGGUGGUCAGUGGCUGAUUCCUGCUCUCUUCGAACAUUUCGAACAAAUCGGUGACGUGCAAAUGAUCGCUAUGCUAUCUUGUGUUUUGCACGAAGCAAACAUUGACGAGGCUUCCAAAGAACACGCUGAUGUCAGUCGGGCCGUGUCCAGGCGGAUGGAAGAGCAUGCAAUUUCUUUUGAUCUGUAUUCCCCCAACUCGGCUGUGCAGACUAAACCGCAGACGGCCGUGCCGCUUGCCACUACACCGAAGGACAGUCACGCAACGCCUAUCACACAUAGUUCGGGGCGUUCUUCGUCUGAAAUUUGGCGUCCCGAUUCCACGCCGCCAUAUUCCACCGGCACAACUCCUCCUCUGGCCAGCCGAGCGGGCCCCCUAGCAGCAGACCGCAAGACAUGGACCCAGAACAUAGCAAUCGCUGCUUCGCCUGACCAGCAAUCACAACCACGCAGUGGCUCCGGGAUUGGCUCCGUUCUCGCCUCGUCUCUUUCCCGCUCUCUUACAUUUGGUCCUUCGUCAGCAUCUCCUCCAGCAACUGCCUUGUCACGGAAGGUUUUCAAUCCUAAUGGCAGUCCCAAUACAGUCGGAGGGCCAGGGGUGUGGGUGACGAGUGCCUUUACUGCGAAACCAGUUUCAGCCAUUCCCGACUAUUUGACUACCUCCACCGCGCUCACGUCACAAACUCAUUCUGACACGGAGAGCGAGAGACCUGCUCCAGCCAAACCGUCGACAAAGGUUCGCGCAGUCUUGAAGAACCAAGCUGCUUUCGAGGGCAAUGGACAGUCGCAGAAUACUUUCCUCGAUCCCAAGAAAGAGUGGCUGUAUCGGUCUUAUCGCGCAGCAUACGCUCAUCUGCUAUCUAUAUGGGGACUGCCAGUUCAACGCAGUGAAGUACUGAAGAUCGGCGGCACCCCCAAUCCCACCAAGGAGCCGACACACCGUCGCCACAGAAGCCACCACGAUUCAUUCUCUCUUCCCACCUCCAAGCGCAGAAGCUCGACGGCUGCGCCCACUGAUACUGAAAACCAGGGUCUAGAAAUCCAACGCCACUGCAUCAGUUGUGGCCAAGCCCUGCAGCACUCCAUCUUCGCGACCAAGGCACUCACCGAAGCAAUACCCAAGGGCCACUUAAAGGGCAUAACACCACCUCCCCUCACCUGCCCUCACUGCAAACCAAAACAGCCUCUCCCUCUCAGACUCCCCUGCGUUAUCUGCAGCGAAGUCGUCGAAGGCAUGCUCAUCCCCUGCCUCGGCUGCGGUCACGUAAGCUGCUUCGACUGCCAUCGAGGCUGGUUCUCUAUGGCAUCAUCGAACACACCCGACCCCGAACAGGAAGAGUACCACUUCUGCCCGAGCGGCUGUGGCUGCAAAUGCGCCGACUACAUUGACCCUGACAUCCCCACGAACCCGUGGAGACUUAAUCCGACGUCCCCGAGCGCCCACGGCAGCGAGACCUCUCUCCACCGACACCGCGCCAAACCUUCCGACGGAUCCGGGUCCUCGAAACACGGCAGUGAAGUCGUGGCUAGUGUUGGUCAGCACGAAGAGGAUCUGGAUAACUGGCAAGCUGCGUCGCCCUUUGCAUCGCUUGCACGGGGUCUCGGGGGUGGCUUGAGCCGAGGGCUGCGCGUUAAGGAUGAGAGGAGAAAGUCGAAGCCGACUACGGCGCCGUUUGUUCCUAAGAAGUCCUCGAUGAAUCAGGUGGAGAGUAGAUGA